CUUUAUUCUCCAUCACGACACCGGAUAGACUCAGUAAGCAUUUUCGCUCUGUAACGAGAGUACGUGACACUCGAGGGAAAUUGGAAGGAGAAUUCGACCCCAAACCGAGAUUGUGACGUCUCCAUCGGGAUCCUUUCCCAACUGCAAAUCUCCUUGAUCUUUUGACGAAUACUUCGCGACCCGGCAAUCCGAAAGUCCAGAACAAAGAAAGUGAUCAUUGAGCAGGUUUAGAGAGAGAGAGGGAUUCCCUCCUUUCCUAUCCCCUCCAAAGAUAUGCUGGCUCCACAGAUCUGCAACAGAUGCCGCAAGCAGCGGAUCAAAUGCGACUUGCGUCUGCCACAGUGUAACAACUGCCAUAAUGCAGACGCUGAGUGCAUGUUUCAUGACGAGGCAUUGAUGGAAGAUAUCCCGUGCAGUUAUUUGUACUCACUACAAAAACGGCAGAAAGACCUCCAACGCGAGCUCAAUGUUGUAACGAAUGGCGCAGCCACUGCUGACAACGCUUCUGCGCUGGGAUUUUUCGAUUUCGACAAGCAAGAUUUUCUCAUUAGAGUAGGCGACGAAGAGUCUGCGUCAUCGUCUUGGCCGAUGUUCGCGUAUCUCGGAUCUGGGAGCUUAGCACGCCUCCUUCAGCACCUCCUGCGCAGCGCACUUGCAUGGCACCUCACCCAUGGCGCCAUCAUUCCGCCACGUCUUGUUCCAUCAGAAGACAAGCCGCUGCUAUCAUCAUUGGAUCCUCGACUUGAAGACUUGCCAGCGCUGCUUUUACCGGUGCCAUCAGACCAGCGAAAACCUCGGCCAGAGUUGCAUACCCUUCUGCCCCGGGCUGUUCAACGUGCCAUUAUCGACCACUACUCGAGGACUGUGGCGCCUACAUUCCAAUUUCUACCAAGGGGGCAGGUCGCUAGUCUCGUUCAGCUCGAGAAUCCCUUGAAAUGGAGCAGCUCCAACAGGGAUGCGCCCCAAGCUUGGGCCUUGAGUAUUAUAUUUGCGGUCUCGACCUCACUGCUCAGUCGCGAUCAUGCCUCGACUGCGAUGGCAACGAUCGCGACGCGGUGUGCCGAGGAUUUGAACAAGCUGUCUCAAAUACCGAUAUCAACGACAGAGCCAAUUGAUACGACUAGAUGGACCUGUCGGGCGAUGUGUGCAGUCGCUCUGUGUUCCCUCAUCGACGCAACACCAGAUCGUCUCUGGGAAAGUCUUGGAAGAGCCGUCUCCGCCAUCGAGUCAUUGCGCGGGCGAUACAAGAUUGAGAACACGGAGAUCGAUGAGCCGUUCUGGAGACUUGAGCUGACAAUGCUCAAGUUGGAGUGUUUCACCUCGCUGUACCUUUGUCGGCCAUCUUAUUUUUGUGAAAUGUACCUAAAAAUCGGGGUGGAAAACGUGCCAACUUCGCAUUACCCACACGAUGGCAAAGCUUUUUUGACCUCUUUGUACAACGUUACAACUCAAGUCAACUCGAUUCCAAGACUCUCCGCCACAAGUCUGGAAGACUUUAUUCCAAACCCAUACAGGCUCGACUCUACAAGGGUCAUGGAUCAUAAGACCAUCUCUCCAGAGACUGCUACUCUCUACAUGGCCUUGCACCCGCUAUUCACUACCUUGAACCUAAAUCCCACGGCGGCUUCAUCAUCCUCAUUACUCUCUGGAGUGAAUGAGGUUUCGCCGUCAUCUUCGCAAAUGCUUAAAUCCAUCGCCAUGUCUGCAUGCGCGCUGAUUGACCACUUUACUCUCCUCAAUGAUGAGGGCCAGGUACUCAGUCUCUGGCUCACGGCGGGACGCACGCUUGAAGCCGGAGCCCUGUGGGUAUUCUAUCUGGUUCGUAGACGUAUCACGUUGGAUACGGGACAAGACGGCGGAUCUCUUACGGCGAGUGAAGCAGUAAGUCCCUUGCUGAAGGUGUCUGCUCUUUUGGCUUCGUUCGCGGCGCGGUGGAGCCCCGGUGUUGCAUAUGCGAAUUCGUGGCAAGCGUUGGUCGAUCUGCUUUGGGGGAUGCUGGGUUGA